GCGGGGGGACGGCGGUGGAGCCCCCCGAUUCUCCUCCGAGGCCCGGGGGGCCGCCCUGGAGGCGGUGGCGCGCGGCCCGGCGGGGAAGCCCAGCUGGAUGUUCCAGAAUGAUCCAAGACUCAGUGAAAGGAGAAUAGCAGCUCCGCUGGCUCUCUGCCAUGGCCUGUGAACCCCACGUGAACCCCGGUGGGGUAGCUGGCCCUCUGCCCACUUCCUUGUCCGGCUGGAGCUCCCUGCCUGCAGCUGGGAGUACUCCUAGCUGGGGGCCAGAGCUGCACAAUGGCCAGGUUCUCACAGUGCUCCGUGUGGACAAUACCUGUGCUCCCAUUUCCUUCGACCUGGCAGCUGCCGAAGAACAGCUACAGGCCUGGGGAAUUCAGAUCCCUGCUGACCAGUACAGGAGCUUGGCCGAGAGCGCCCUCUUGGAGCCUCAAGUGAGGAGAUACAUCAUCUACAACUCCAGGCCCAUGAGGCUGGCCUUCGCUGUGGUCUUCUAUGUGGUGGUGUGGGCCAAUAUCUACUCCACCAGCCAGAUGUUUGCCCUGGGUCAUCACUGGGCGGGUGUGCUGCUUGUCACCCUGGUCGCCGUGAGCCUCACCCUCACCCUCGUGCUCAUCUUUGAGAGGCACCAGAAGAAGGCUAACAUGAACACGGACCUUAGGCUGGCAGCAGCCAACCGGGCGCUUCUGAGACACAGGGUGCUGCUGGGUGUGACCGACACUGUGGAAGGCUGCCAGAGUGUGAUUCAGCUCUGGUUCAUUUACUUUGACCUGGAGAACUGUGCUCAGUUUUUGUCUGAACAUGUGCAGGAGAUGAAGAUGAGCCAUGAGUCCUUGCUGAGAAGUCGACUGAGCCAGGUCUGUGUUGUCAUGGAGACUGGAGUGAGUCCCACAAUGAUGGUGGAGGGAUCUGAAGACCUGCUAGAAGAAGCACCUUUGCUGCCAGGCCGCCCACACCCCAAGGAAAGGGCUGUCACUCAGACUGAGCUUCACCAGCUGGUGCCUGAGGCUGAGCCAGAGGAAAUGGCUCAGCAGCUUCUGGCUGUGUUUGGCGGCUACUACAUCCGGCUUCUGGUGACCUCCCAGCUGCCCUCAACAGCAGGGACUCGACACACAGACUCCCCAACUGUUCCAUGCCCCUGCCAGCUCAUAGAAGCCCAAGUCUUGGGCACAGGGUGUUGCCCGUUCUUGACCAGGUGACCACGGAACAGAAGGACCCCUUUUCGUGGCAAGACUGCAAAUGAGUGAGGGGAGAGUAUUUCUGAGACAUCUGGGGGUGCUCAGGAGAAUAUCACACAUGCCAACAGCAGGGGAGUUUGGGUAUCAUGAGGAGAAUCAGAAAUGGGCCCAUCGUGGAACUACAGGCCUGUUUGGAAGCGGAAGUCACCAGAGGUCCUUCCCCCCACUCUGUUGUCUGGAGAUCCAGGACAUGUGAAGAGGAC